UCUCUCUUCUAGUAUGUUUUUGUUUGCUGUGUGAUCAGAAUGUUUUGGGCGUUGACGCCUCGGAGCUCUGCUUAUCUUAGCGCUUUGUCUCUGAAGAUUGAGAAGAAGCUUCAGCGGAAUCCGGUUAUUCCGAGACUGUGAAUUCAAGUGGCAUUUGUUCCUCUCGUUGUACUAACUUGCUAAAGAGCGGUGAAAAGGGGAAUUGUUCGAAGGUUUGUUUGUUUGAGGAGAGAGUACACUACUGCAAGGGUAAAGUGUGCAUUUGGCAGGGAAUUGGAAUUGUGUGAUUGGUGGAAGGGGUGGAUAGAGAGUGCAAGGGAAGGCUGAGGCAUUAGCUUCAUCCCAGAGGCGAGAUGUGCUGCAAGAAUUGUUUGCUGAUGUAGCAUUAGAAGUAGAUGACCGAGCCAAAGGUGAGUUGUGGUAAUGCAACAUCUUCUAUUUGACAAUAGUACAUAGAACCGCACGUGGAAGAGGGUUUUGGUCCUGUAAGUUUCUCAUAAUUUCUAAGAGCGCCUGCUGGUUUAUUUUUGUAAAAGUUAUGUACCUGCUAUUGGCUUGUUUUUUAAAUUAAAUUAUCUCAUGCUUGUUGGGAUUGAAUGUGUAUUGACUUACUUUAUCCUAGUACAAUCAUCAGUAUUUUCUUACAAAAUAAUAUAUACAUAAAUCUUUUCUCUCUCCUUUAAUGAAAUAGAGAAUCACUCUAUUAGAGCUGAUUUAUUGAAGACUUCUACCUAGUUUGUCAAAGCUUGUUCUGGUUGUAUAUUCUUAUAUUGUUUAACAAUGACAUUAAAACUUGAUGGUAAUACGUACUGCUAGAGCACUAGACACUCAUAUUCUGCUUUAUAAAGCAGAAAUAAUUCUCAGCAGGGAGGAAGAUGCGAUUGCCCCCAUGGAGAAUGGAAUGGAUGGUCCGUUAUGCUUUUACGAUGUUCUUGCUGAUUAUUAUGUUCAGGUGCCAGAAAGCGGGAAACCAAUCCUUGAUUUGAUUGUCAAACUGUGGAGCCAGUCAUUUACAUGUCAUAUUUUCACCCUCUUAUUCCACAAAUGGCUCUUUGAAAUAGAAAUUGACAAUUCAGAUGAAGUUCAUCUCCGUAACUCAGCAGCUCUUGUUCAAGGUGCCACAAAUAUCUUCUGGCUUGAUAUUCAGGCCAACACUAGUCGAUUUAAAUCUCUCUUUCAUUACCUUCUUGAAGAAGUUGCAUUUCAACCUGUCAGAUUGAACAAAAUUCCCAUACAGGUUCAAAGAGAUCUUUUUCUUUUACUUUCACGGUUCUUAAUUUUAUAUGAUUCAGAUGAUAAGCUUGAGAGGUUUUUAAAGCAAUUUCCCCCUUUCCCGAAUGCCAUACUAGUUGGUGGUCCAGCUGACUUGUUUGUGAUUGAACUUACUGAUCAGAUUCAAAAGUUGAAGGUGGAACCAGUACUUCUGCAUUAUCUUUCACACCUGACUGUUCUCCAAGGCAUGGAACUCAGAAUGACCACAAGUACAAGGCUAAAAACUUGUUUGUAUAGCUUCACCUCUCCUGGUGGCCCCAUGUAUCCUACCAGAGCUGUUCGACAUGCUGCAUGGGACGCUCUGGAUUUUCUAUUCCCAGUGGGACGAUAUCCUAGGCAUCUAAUAAGCCUAUUUUUCAGAUUGUUGUACCCAUGGUACUGGCCUUCAUCUUGUUGGAACUUCGUAAUAUCAUGUAUAAGGGCAGUAUUUUUCUCCUUGUUUCGGCUGGUGUUUUCUAGAUUCGAGAAUCCAAAACAGCAUAAGUCUUACUAGGCACAGAAACCAAGUUUGUAUAUGUACACAAAGACAUGUUUUCCCCUCAGGUCAUGCUGCCCCCACUUUCUGUUGGGGGCUGUGUAUUGAUAUCUUUUACUCCUUCAAAACCAUCGUGAUGUCUUUCAUUCCAGCUUCAUUGAUGUGUGUCAACUACAGCAAAACAGAAGAAAAGGCACAUUAUUUUGAUUCAAUGGAACAAACCCUUUUGUUUUGGGUGAAAUAUUGUAGGGGUUCCGAACCUUGGUGGUGUUGAGACUUAUAGAAUAGUUAGCUUUGGGGAUUACUACUGGUUAAAUAAAUAUCUUAUUUUCAAGUAAGAAUGAAUAUGAAAAUAUGAAAACAGACAUGUUUGAUCUAGUUAAAAUUCUGUACUGUUGAUCUGUGAUUAGUUGUAAAACGUAUUGAAAAUAUGAUGUGAUCGGCACCAAGCA